CUGAGAAGCUGAGCUUGUGCGCUCGAUUUGGACUGUUCAGUCUUUUGGUCAAUGUCAACAUCGAGUCAAAUGUCUGCUGCUGCUGCUGCUCCAGCACCGAACGAGGAAAACCGUCUCGUGAGCCCUUCUGAAGUCGACGAGCAAGUGCUCAGCAGCUGGACAGACGAGCAGAACAGACUGAAAGAGCGCCUGGACACGACAGACAAUGCCACUGGGUUUGCGCCCGUCGGUCAAGGCGAAGCGGAGUCGGCGACGGAUGGACUUGGAUUGCCGCCGCUGCGUCUCGUUGGUGGAGUGGACAUUAGCUUUGUCAAGGGCGAUCCGAAGGCUGCAUGCGCAUCGCUUGUCGUGCUGUCCUUCCCGGAAAUGAAAGUUGUUUACGAGAAUUUCGAGAUGGUCGAGCUCACGCUCCCGUACAUCCCGGGGUUUCUUGCAUUCCGCGAAGUCAACUUUCUGGUAGCGCUGUUGGAUCGUUUGAGAGCCCAGCAGCCAGAGCUUCUUCCACAGCUGAUCUUUGUCGAUGGGAAUGGCGUCUUGCACCAAAGAGGAUUUGGUCUGGCAAGUCACCUCGGUGUGUUGGUCGACAUCCCAACAAUCGGCAUUGGCAAGACCAUUUUCCACGUCGACGGCAUUGACAUGAAUCACGUCAAGACUAUGGUGGUACCCAAGCUUAGUCACAGUGGGGCGACAGCCAAGCUAGUGGGCAUUUCAGGUCGAGAAUGGGGAGCGGCGCUUCGAAGUACCGAGGACUCGACAAACCCAGUGUUCAUUUCUGUUGGCCAUCGCAUCUCCCUCGACCAUGCCAUCCGAAUCACCAAAACGAGUUGUCUCCAUCGCAUCCCAGAGCCUGUUCGUCAAGCCGACUUGCGAUCAAGGCAGUAUCUUCGAGAUCAUCCUUAUAGCAGCGGGGUUGCGAAAUGAUCCUGCCGCUGCGAAUAAUGCGAC